AUGGAGAGAUUUAGGAGACUUUUUGAUUUAUCAGUUCACCAGGAUUUGACGGUGGGGGCUAUGCACGCCUUAGGUUGGGGAGAGAAUGGGGAGGCUUGGAGGUGGAGACGUCGAUUGUUUGCCUGGGAGGAGGAAUUAGUGGUGGUGCUUAGGAAUUUGUUGACUAACAUUACUUUGCAGGAAUUUGAGACAGAUGCGUGGCUUUGGCGACCGGACACCGUAGUUGGUUUCACGGUUCGUGGAGCGUAUCAAAUGCUUAUGCGGCAGGAGAUACAAGAUGCUGAUGUCGCUUCGAUUGUACCAUGGCACAAGAAUGUCCCUUUAAAAGUCUCUAUUUGCGCUUGGCGUCUCAUCCGCAAUAGAUGGCCGACAAAGGAUAACUUGGUGCGUGGCAGUGUUAUUUCUCAUGAAAAUCAACUGUGCAUUUCAGGUUGUGGUCAACAAGAAUCAAUAGAUCACUUAAUAAUUCAUUGUAAUUUCUUUGGCAAUCUUUGGAAUCUUGUAAAGUCCUGGAUUGGUGUUUAUUUAGUGGAUCCUCAUCAGGUUAUGGAUCAUUUCCACCAAUUUAUUUAUUCUUCAGGUGGUUAUGCUCCUCGUCGAUCGUUUCUACAUUUGAUUUGGUUAUGUUGCAUUUGGGUUAUUUGGAAUGAAAGGAACCAAAGAUUAUUUGCGGACAAAGCCAAUACGAUGGUGCAGCUUUUAGAAAAGGUUAAGUUGUAUUCUCUUCAUUGGUUGAAAGCUAAAAAUGUGUGCUUUCCUUUUGGUUAUCAUUUAUGGUGGCAAAAUCCCCUUGCUUGUUUAGGGAUAGGUUGA